UCCUUCUUUCUUGGAAGUCACUUCCACCACAUGGAAGCAGACAAUGGCACACAAACUUCAGAAUUUCUUCUUCUGGGAUUAUUAAAGGAACCAGAACUGCAGCCCCUCAUAUUUGGGCUUUUCCUCUCCAUGUACCUGAUCACUGUGUUUGGGAACCUACUAAUCAUCCUGGCCAUCGGCUCAGACCCCCAGCUCCAUACACCCAUGUACUUCUUCCUCUCCAAUCUGUCCUUUGCAGACAUCUGUUUCACCUCCACCACCAUCCCAAAGAUGCUGUGGAACAUCCAGAAAGAGAGCAAAGUCAUAACCUAUAAAGGCUGCAUCAUCCAGAUGUAUUUUUUUAUACUCUUUGCAAUAUUGGAUGUCCUCCUCCUGACACUGAUGGCCUAUGACCGCUUCGUGGCCAUCUGCCACCCCCUGCACUAUACAGUCAUCAUGAACCCCAGGCUCUGUGGACUGGGGGUUCUGCUGUCCUGGAUGAUGAGUGCCCUGAAUUCCUUGUUACAAAGCUUAAUGGUGUUGUGGCUGACCUUCUGUACAGACUUGGAAAUCCCCCACUUUUUCUGUGAACUCAAUCAGGUGGUCCGACUUGCUUGUUCUGACACAUUUUUUAAUCACAUGUUGAUGUAUUUUGCAGCUGGGAUGUUUGGGUGUGUUUCCCUCGCUGGGAUUCUUUACUCAUAUUCCAAGAUAGUUGCCUCCAUUCAAGGAAUCUCAUCAGCUCAAGGAAAGUAUAAAGCAUUUUCCACCUGUGCAUCUCACCUCUCAGUGGUCUGCUUAUUUUAUUGUACAAGCCUAGGAGUGUACCUCCAUGCUACCCACAACUCACACUCAAGUGCAAUUGCCUCAGUAAUGUACACUGUGGUCACACCCAUGCUGAACCCCUUCAUUUACAGUCUGAGGAACAAAGACAUAAAGAGGGCUCUGAAAAGAAUCAUUGAGAUGGCAGCUAUAAAAAUGUCAACUAUUCUGGGGCUGAAGAACUAA